AUGGAUGGAUGGAUGGACGUGACGGAUGGGCGCGGCUUGAAUGGCUGGUGCUCGAUUGUGGACGUGGCGGGGGUCGGACGCAUGCACGGCUUCCUCGCACAUCUCGAUGCGCUCGAAGAUAGGCAUCGAGGCUAUCCAAAGGUGGUCCAGGAACGUCUACUUCGAGACAGAAGCGUCCGUGAGGAGGUGAAAGAACCCGCACACGACUGGAAGCGACGGACGGAGCUGCUGAGCAGCAGACCGUAG